AUGCUGGAGAGCAAAAAGUAUGUGGUGAGAGCGCUGACUCGAGACGUGACCCAACCAAAGGCGCAGGUGCUCCGGGACCUUGGGGCCAAGGUGGUUAAAGGGGACCUGAAUGACAAAGCAUCGGUGGAGGCUGCCUUGAAGGGAGCCUAUGGGGCCUUCCUGGGAAAAGUGGUGGCUGAUGUUGCCAAGAGCCAGGGUCUAAAGCACGUGGUGUACAGUGGCCUGGAGAACGUCAAGCGCCUGACAAGCGGCAAGCUGGAGGUGCUACACUUUGACGGGAAGGGAGAGGUGGAGGAGUAUUUCUGGUCCAUUGGUGUUCCCAUGACCAGCAUCCGAGUGGCAGCUUACUUUGAAAACUUUCUUGGCCCAUUCAAGCCGGUGAAGGCCUCUGAUGGAGAUAUACACCCUGGGUAUGUGGAGGGUUCACUGCCUAUGGGGGAUGUACCAAUGGAUGGUAUCUCGGUUGCUGAUAUCGGAGCCAUCGUCUGCAGCAUCUUUAAUUCUCCAGAGGAGUUUGUAGGCAAGGCCGUGGGUCUCAGUGCAGAAGCGCUGACUGUGCAGCAGUAUGCUGAUAUUCUGUCCAAGGGUUUGGGGAAAGAAGUCCGAGAUGCAAAGAUCACCCCAGAGGCUUAUGAGAAGCUGAAAUUCCCUGCAGCAAAGGAAAUGGCCAACAUGUGUCGUUUCUAUCAAAUGAAGCCAGACCAUGACAUCAAGCUCACCCACCGACUGAAUCCCAAAGUCAAAAGCUUCAGCCAGUUCAUCUCAGAGAACCAGGCAGCCUUGAAGAACUUAUAA